AUGGUGUAUUACUACACGUCUGAUAAUGUAACAAUGUUAAAAAAUAUUAUCACUGAUUACGAAGACGCCACUGAAAUGUCGCCUUGCGAAUAUAUACAACUUUAUAUUAAAAAUUGUGUUAAACAAACAGAUGAUUUAAAACUUCGCUGGAUUGUAAAAACUUUUUUAGAUAUUGAUAAGCACGGUCAAUUUUUAAAAGAAAUCAUUGAUUAUUUGCCUGUUGAACUGCCAACUGAAGAUAAAGAAUAUUUUAAAAUAAUACUACAUGGUAUAAUUUUUCAAAUUUCAACAUCUGAUAUCACUCUACUUUAUAAAUGCCUUUUUAAUUUAAGUAAACAACUUUUGUUAACCCUCACGAGUUCAUUAAAAGAUGACAACUUUUUAGCACACUUAUCUCAAAAAGCGCAUUCGAUUUUUGACACAAACUAUACAACUGAAAAAAUAAUCAAUCCGAUUUUACAGUGGCAGCCUGCUUUGGAUCAGAUAGCACAAACCUAUUCUGAGUAUUUAAGUAAAACGGAAAGCUUGAGAACUAAGCAACCGACUAUACCUGUUGAGCCAAAUGUACUGAAAAGAAAAGGUAAAGGUAAAUAUACAAAGUCCUUAAAGUUGUGUACACCAAGUACGCCGCCGAAUUCUGCUCUUCAUAAGUCAAGACGGAUGCUCACAAAAAGUGCUAUUGAUAUAAGGCUUCAAAAAGCAUAUGAUGAUAAUAAACAAAAAACGAAGAAGCUUUUGGAAGAUAUAAAAUCCAAAACUUACCAUCAUAUGGAGAGAAAUUCCAAUAAAGUUCUUACAAAUAGCUUAAAAGUUCAAGAUGAAACAGAACAAGGCUGGAAAAAAUCAUUUCCGAAAUCAAAUCAAUUAAUUUAUACUAAAUUAUCGCCAAUACCAGUUAAGGAAACUGCAGCUACGUUAAAAAGAUUUAAUCAAAGAAUUAAAUUAACAGAAGAAGAAGAAAUACAAUGGUUGCAAGAUUUGAUAAAUGACUGCAAAAAUACAGUUAAAAUUCAAGAACUAGAGGAAUAUGAUCGUAAUGAAAGGGAAAGAGAAAGGUUAAUUGAUAUAGAAAAAAAACAUUUACAAGGCCAAAUUUCUUUUGAAGAGGCAGUAUUAGCCAAAAAAAAAGUGCAAGAAGAAAAUAAGAGGAAAUACGAAGAACUUCUUAAACAAAAAGAAUUAUGGAAUAAAGAAAUUGAAAGAUGGAAUGAAGAACAAAUGGAAAUUAACCGAAAAAUUUUUGAAAAAUGUUCGUUAAUAGAACUAAAUGUAAUAGAAGCUAGAAAAAAUGCCGUUAAUAAAAAGAAAGAAGUUGCAGAAAUUAUUAAGAAAGAGUCCGAGUCCAUGCUUCUAAAAGCCUUAAAUGAGAAAAAUAAAGAAUUAAACCGUAAAAUUCAGAUGAUUAAAGAAAUUAAGAUCUUACACACGAUAGCCAAAAGGGCAAGAAUUUCAAAAAUAGUAGACUUAACAGAAACUUCUGGUUUAGGCUUACUCUGUGAAAUGUCUAUAGCGGAAUUACAAGAAAGAUUAUGUUCAAUGAAGAUGACUAUUAAGGAAGAACUGGAAACAAAAAGCAAACUUAUAAAAGAAAGAAAUAUUGCUGUUAAAAAAUCAUUAGACGAGGCAAGAAAGAAUAUCUUAACAUUCAAAGAAGAAAGAAAAUUAAUGCGUGAAAAAAGCAGGAAACCAAGAAAGUUAACUAUUGACAUAUCAUCCAAGGAAAUAAAUGAUCUGAAAAGUACUUUAGAAGAAAAACGUAAAUUGCGCCUUAAGCUUUUGAAUUAA